AUGGCCUCUCUCGCUCCCACCCCUCCCCUCCCCGGCGCCCUCCCAUACAGCAGCCCCACGUCGGUGCCUGCUCAUGGCCCGACGGCCACCCUCCCAGUCAAGCCCCUUCAGCCCUCCUCCUCCCUGGCAACCCAGGUAGGUCGCUCCAAAGGUGAAAGGUGGCGCGACGCCAGUCCGUCCUCAUCUGCGGGCGGCUCCUCUCCCGUUCCUUCGUUCAAGGAGGUGCUCCUUUCUGGUGGCGCUUCUUCGUCAGCCUUGCCGCAGCCGGUGGUGGCUAAAGUUCGCCGGCCUCCGAGAAUCGUUCUCCGGUCGCGGGCCCCUCAGACGUCCGCCGGAGAGGGCCCUGACGGGGCCGGGUGGCAUCGGUACGAGGGUCGUCAUGCUCGCAAGCGGCGGCUGCGGGGGCUGCGCGAACCUCGUCGCUCGGUGCCAGCGGACCUCAGGGGGAGGUGUUUCAAUUGUCUCUCCCCGUCUCACCGUGCGGCCUCCUACUUGAAGGGGCCUCGCUGCUUCAGGUGCCGGGCGAUUGGCCACCGUGCGUCCGUCUGUGGUGGCCGUGGCCAGGCUCUACACGCGGUGGCUCCUCGGGCUCUCCUCGUGUGGCGUCCUAAGUCCACGCUGGGAGACUCGAAGUCUGUGAAGAUGGUGUCCUCAACAGCUGCGCCUGACGAUGGGGGCUCCGGGGCGGCGGGGGCGGCGGCUGUUCCAGGCACGCGGACGAGACGUCAUCGCCGAGUCAGGAAGCGGGGCCGUUCGAAGGCUGCUGGCUCGGGCGGUCCGUCUGGCCAGGAAGAUGAAGAGAAUAACGUGUCUGCUGCUUGCGAUCAUGCUCCGACCGUCUCCGGUGAUGCUCCUGCCCGGCCUCGUCGUGUCAUUGAUCAUUCAGCUAAGAUGUCCAGGGCUGAAGAUGAACUUCGCAAUGCGCUCUCGGUCUCGAUUGUUGGAGACACCGCGACUCUUUCGGUUGACGUUCUGGUUGAUGAGUUAGCUCGCCGCCAUGAACUCCCGAUCGAGUCGCUGGAGUUUCACAGUCUGAGCCGUGAAGAUGGUCUGCUGAUCCUCCCCGAUGAAGCUUCUGCUGUCCGAGUCUACAAUGAAGGAAGGCCUCUUCACUUGCCUCUGUUCACCCUGUUCUUUCGGCGCUGGUUUCGGUUCAAGGGUGCGUCUGCAGUGGUGCUGCCCUCGCUUGUUGACAUUGAGCUGAGGGGUAUACCUGCACAUGCAUGGGAACUGGAGACGGCGGAACAUCUUCUGGACGAGUGGGGCUGGGUGCGCGAGCUCCAUCCUGCUACGAUUGAUCGCAAGGACUAUUCGGUUUUCCGCUUGAAGGCUUGGUGUUCUCAGCCGGAACUCAUCCCGACGACUUUGGACUUGGACAUUGUUGAGCCCCCGAUACAAGUUGAAGAUUUUCCGCCGGUGAAGCGUGCGUUAAGGUAUGAAAUCAAGAUUGCAGUUUCUGCGUCGACUUCGUUUGGGAUGGAAGACGAUCCGCCUUCACCUCCGCUGCACGACGACUCCGACCAAGGGAGGCGUCGACGCCGACGUCAAGCCCCUGCCUCGCCGGAGUCCGUCGCCCUUGGGUCUGGUGCCUCCGGUGACCAAGGGGCGGAAGUCGAGGAUCCGAUUGAUGGCGCUAACUCUGCUGCGCCCGAGGCGACGCAGGCGGCGGCUUCACAGCCCGUGGAGCCCGAGGCGACGCGGGUGCCUUCACUCUCACCUGCCUCGUCCCUGCCGGUGGCCAUUGAUGAUCCGGCGGCACUGGUCAUUUUGCCCGGAUUGGCGAACGAAGAUUUGAUCCCUCAGACGCCGGGAUUUCCGUUCUGGUUGUCGGAGGCUGGUCCUGCCUCGUCGGUUCGGCUGGAUGAAAAUCUCAGCAACGACACAUGGUGGGCUAAGGAUGGCACUACGGCCCAGUCUCCAGGGGACCGGCCUGCCGGCCCACUGCUUUCAGGCCCACAUUCCUCGAGGGGUCCUGACCAGCCGGGCCUGACGUCUCAUGUCAUCAGUGGAGCGGGGCUCCUUGCUUCUCCAUCUCUAGAUGAAGCUCCAACCCAGGCUCCGGGGGGUCACUUCUCCUGUGAAGACCUAUUCCAGAAGGCGGCGACGUAUGGCGGGGGGGACGGCGUGGCCGCGGCUCCGCUUCCAGAACCUCUCCUGGCAAGCGUGGAAGCCUUGGCCGGGCCGGCGGGCGUUGAUGUGCUGGCCGUGACUCCGCACCGGACCUCUGCCCUUGGUCCUGGGUGUGUUGAGGUCAUGGCUGAAACUCCGCCUGCUGCCACACGCAGGUCUCCCAGCGGCAAGGCCAUCCUUGAGUCUCCGUCGAGGCGCAGAUCAAGGUUCAUGAAGAAAAUCUCUAAACGGAUUGAAAAAAUCCUUCCUACUCCGCGCGCCCCGAAGCCAAGAGCCCGGUCUCACACGUCUGCUGCCCCACCACGAAGAAGUAGGAGAAUUGCGGGUGUUGGGCCAGAGUCACCAUCCGGAGCUGUUCCCACCAGGUACAGGAAAAGAGUUAUGACAGUCCUGAACGUCGUCAAUGAAAAUGAUGGUAUUCAUCAAGAUGUUCUGGAUGCUUAUGGCAAGUUGUUCGGUCAACCUCUCCCAGAAUCUCAUGUUCAGGCCUUAGCGGCUCUUUUUGGUUGGGCAACCCCGGAUGUGGGGGAAGUAGAGACCAUUCCUGAUAGUGGGGAGGCUGUGUUGCCAGUCGUUAUCUGA